AUGGCCCCUUUCAAAGUCAUUAUUAUUGGUGCUGGGCUUAGUGGAAGCCUUCUAGCAAACGGGCUCAUUCGCCAUGACAUCGACGUCGCUGUCUAUGAACGACUAGACAGACAUAUCAAGCGCGAAGGAUAUCAGAUCAGAAUGGGAGGAAAUGCACUAGCUGGCUUCCGUGAAUGCCUGGACAAGGACCAAAUCCACAGCAUCGUGUCGAAAUUUGGCAAAUCGGGCGGCAGGAUCUCUUCUGCUCCCGUCAUCUAUGGCAGCAACUUCAAGCCGGUUUUGGACUUCACCAAGUUUCCAGUCUACAGCAAAUCAGCUCCGAUUAACCGUGUCAUUCUCCGGGAUGCACUCGCCGACCCCGUCUAUGCUGCAGGCAAGCUUCAGUACAACAAGGAAUUCGAAAGAUACGAAAUCAUUCAAGAGAAGGGGAGGGAGUUGGUCCGAGUUUGGUUCAAGGAUGGUUCCUCAGACACGGGUGACAUACUGAUUGGAGCUGAUGGAAGUCAUUCCAGAAUCAACAAACAACUCGGCCUAGAUAACAUUCGACCACUCAAAACACACACCAACCUUGUGCUGAAAACUGAUCUGCCGACAUCAAGAUAUCUGAAAAUGACGCCCGAGCUGCAUCAGACGCCCGUUCUAACAUUUGCGGACAACAAGUCCAUGUACUUUUGCGCAUAUCUCCCAGAGCGUAGACCAGACAAGGGAGAACAAUCUAAGCCGGCAGUCGACUUCGAUGACACUCUUUCGUCCUGUAUGUUUGGGCUCUUCGUGCCUACCAGUACUGUUCCCGAAGGCCUGGCUACCAUGCCUGCUGAACAGCAGUGGGAAUUCUGCCGAAGUAGCGUGAAGGAUUGGGCACCGCAAUUUCAUGAGAUCCUAGACCUCAUCAAGGGGACAAGCUUCUACGCAUACACGCCUAGGGUAGGGACAGAGCCAUCAGUCGAUUGGAGAGCCAAGCUCCACGGCUCACAAGACGAAACUCUGGGCCAUCCACGUGUCUGGCUAAUGGGUGACGCUAUCCAUCCAAUGCUUCCUUCACGAGGCAUGGGCGGCAACCAAGCGUUAAGAGAUACAGCGACAAUCCUUCCACUCCUGGUCGGGCUUUCGCGGGAUUCGGAAUCCGGCAAUGCACCUACCACGGAGAAAGUGACAAGACAGCUCCGGUUGUAUGAGACAGAGAUGAUCCCCAGAGCAUUCGGGUGGGUAAAGAAGAGUGGUGGCACAUCUGUCGUGCCCUUCGACACGAACAGGUUUUACUUUGUUGCAUUUGUCCGCAACAACCCCCCAGUUGACGACACGCCGGAGUUUAAGGACUAA